AUGAAGAUCACGACACCGACGCCUGAGUCCGACGCAUGUCCUUAUUCUCCCAAGUCUGAGACACCAUUCGCUUCACAGCAAGUGACGAAUGACAAGGCCCCGGUCAACUCUCAGCAGGACAGCGGACGGUCGACGGCUACCAAGCAACCUCCGAGUCGUGGAAACCGCAUCGGAGUGAAGAUGCUUCAGUUCUUCGAAGCCUUCAAUGACCCGCUUGGAAAUUUUAUCGAUGAUCCCGUUCCUGAGGCUGUGAUUGCGAUCCCAAAGCCUCAGAAGUGCCGCCGGCCCGACAAGUCAACCAAAGCUGCGAAGAGGGUGUGGAAGUUGGUCCGCAGAAUGUUUCCGUCACGCGAUUGA